GUGCCGGUGGCACUGCCGACCUCCUCGGGGGCCUCGGCGCUGCACGUGGCGCUUUUGGCCUGCAACCUCGGGGCUCAGGACCAUGUCCUUGUGCCUGCAUUGACCAUGGUGGCUGUGGCGAACAUGGUGAAGAUGGUGGGCGCCAAGCCAGUGUACUGCGAUUCCGCCCAGGGCUCCGUGAAUCCGGGCACGGCAGAGCUGCUGAAGAAAGCGACGCCCCGAACGAAGGCCGUGAUCGUGUGUCAUACCUAUGGUGUGGCCUGCAAGGAGAUUGCCGAAAUUGCCGCGCUGUGCAAAGAGAAGGGCUGGUGGCUCGUGGAGGACAUCUGCGAAGCCAUGGGCACCUGCGCUGACGGCGGCGAGCUUGUUGGGACAUUUGGAGACUUCGCGGUCACCUCGCUGUAUGCCAACAAGCCCAUCACUGCGGGGGACGGCGGCUGGGUGCAUGCGCGCGAUAAGAAGCACCACGAUCGGCUGAAGUCGCUCAUCAACCAUGGGUUUGAUCCUGCCUACCACUUCUUGCACUUUGAGACGGCGCCAAACGCCAAGAUGAACGGCCUUGGUGCAGCUUUUGUAUGCUCCCAGGUGAAGAUGCUGCCACAGCUGAUGCAGCAUAGAGGGAAGGUUGCUUCCUGGUAUCGCGAGGGCCUCUCGCAACUCGAGGGUCUCUCUUGCAUCGAACAAAGGAAGGUAGAUGCCCCCUGGGUCUUCGGCGUGGAGACGCGGGAUCGGCAGUCUCGCGAUACCCUGCGCGACCACCUCGCGGCCCAUGGAAUUGAGACCAGGAACUACUUUUAUCCGCUCCAUCUGGAGCCCGUAAACUUCUAUGGGGAUGAUGUGGGCAUUUAUGACGUGGAGCUGCCCAACGCGGAACACUUAGCUCAGGUGGGCUUUUACCUGCCUACGCACUCCUUCCUUGAACAGGAGGACGUUGAGUUUAUUUGUUCCGUCAUCAAGGCCUACUAUCAGAAGGAUGCUGCGGUAGACAAAGCACCGCGCACGAAGGGAUGGGCCGAUGCAGAGAGGACCAAGCUUCUGCAAGCCAGCUGA